AUGAAAAGAGUCUCUUUUGUUUUUGUGCUAGCUUUAGCACUGAUGAUUAAAUCGAUAAGCUUUUAAAAUAUUUAAAACAUUGAAAGUGAAAGUUUUGAGGAAGAUUAGAUAUGUAGACAAAUUGAUGAGUUUUCUUAGAAUAAUUGUAAGAAAUGCUUAUCAUAAGAUUAAUUGAUUUAAAUGCAAUAAUUUUAAAAUGCAUAAGCAAAAAAAUAUUCAUAAGGUUAAUUUUAUGAUUAUAGUAACAAUAUAAUAAUUGAUAGAUUAUUUGAUGGAGCUUUUGAUAUUAUGAGCCAUAACCCUUUUUAUCAUUUGCCUCAUGUUACUAUUGAUGAUUUCUACAUCUAGUUUAGCUUACCAAAUUUCGAAGAUUCAAAAUUACUGAAUCCAUCUAUAAGUUUUAUGUAGACUGUAGAGAUUACUAAAAUCGAAGCAAUAAACUAAGUUGGUUCUUAGUAAGCAAUUGUUAAUUCUGAGUAAUCUUAUUCUGAUUCAUCUAAUUCAGGCAGCUUUAAUUUUGGAGAUAACGAUGAAUUAAUAAUAAUUAUUUUUAUAAUAAUUGGAAUUUUUAUUAUUCCAUACCCAUUUUUAUACAUAAUGAGAAAAAUGAUUUUAGAUUACGGAUACAAUUUACAUAACCUGUUCUUAUUUAGCGUAUGUACCAGCUUAUUUGUGGCAGAGUUAUCUAUCCAACUUUACUACAAAUUUAAGAACUAAUUAUUUUUGUUUUUAAAUCUUUACACAAUAGGAGCAUUAACAGCAUCCACAAGUCUACUCUUAGGAAAUAGUGAAUUUGGAAUAAAUUUCGUAUUACUCUCUACUCUUUUUACUUUUUUAGUUUUAUUUUACUAUUUAAUAAGAACUGGUUAAUUUGAUAAAUAAUCAUGGUGA